CGCGCAGCGAUGAUAUCAAUCACCAUGGCACGAAGCGUCUGAGUUGAGCUGAGCAGGACAGCUACGUGCUGGUGCGGUCUGCGGAUAUGUCCGUCGUCAGUAGUGAGUGAGUGAGGUCGCCUGCUAAAUCCUAGGAGCUCUAGAGGAAGCGCACCUUCAUGCCAAGAAGCGAGUGGCUACGGUGUGCACCUCCGUCCGUCUUGUCUGUUUACCCAGCGGCGCUCCAACACUUUUUGUUACUGUCUGUGAGGGGUGCAGAUGAAGACACACAUAGGAGGGAGAACUACUGAGAGAGAACCCAGACUCAUCCUACGCACACAGAUCUGAGAUCUGACCUCUCACCUCUGACCCAGUGCCCCCUACUGGUGCGGACCACCUCUGAUCCUACCGUGAUGAGCGCGUGCGGCAGGAAGGCUCUGGCAUUGCUGAGCAGCGUGUUUGCGGUCAGCGGGCUGGGGCUUCUGGGAGUUGCGGUCUCUACAGACUACUGGCUGUACCUGGAGGAGGGGGUCAUCCUGCCCGUGAACCAGACCACUGACAUCAGGACCUCCCUGCACUCUGGACUCUGGAGAGUCUGCUUCCUGGCAGGUGAAGAGGCAGGUCGCUGUUUCACCAUCGAGUACAUCAUGCCCAUGAACUUACAGCUGACCUCUGAGUCCACAGUCAGUGUACUUAAGAUGAUUCGUUCAGCCACUCCGUUUCCUCUGGUCAGUCUGUUCUUCAUGUUCAUCGGCUUUGUGCUAAACAACAUCGGACACGUCCGACCUCAUCGCACCAUCCUGGCCUUUGUCUCCGGAAUCUUCUUUAUCCUUUCAGGUCUGGCUCUGGUGGUAGGUCUCGUGUUGUAUAUAUCCAGUAUUAAUGACGAGAUGUUGAACAGGACUAAGAGCAGUGAGUCCUACUUCAGCUACCGGUACGGCUGGUCCUUCGCCUUCGCUGCCAUCUCCUUUCUGCUCACUGAGAGUGCGGGCGUCAUGUCCGUCUACCUGUUCAUGAAGCGCUACACAGCCGAGGAAAUGUACCAGCGCCACCACCCCGGCUUCUACCGGCCACGCCUCAGUAACUGCUCUGACCACUCCGGUCAGUUCCUGCACCCGGAGACCUGGGCACGUGGACGCAGCCCCUCGGACAUCUCCAGCGAAACCUCACUCCAGAUGAGCACCAGCUACCCGGCCCUGCUCAAGUGCCCCGACUACGACCAGGUCUCCUCCUCACCCUGCUGAAGGGGUCAUAUCAGGUCAGGGCAGGUCGCCAAGGUCAAGGGUGAGAAGUCAUAGGUGAUGUUGCUUUUCGAUACUGAUCUAAGAUCAGCUUUCUUUUUUAAGUUAUCUGGAGUCUGUGGAGGGUUGCUGGGAAGUUGCUGGGUGUGGAUAGAACCUCCCGCCUGUUUACUGGGAGAUCAGUCCCAAUAGAUAUACAGGGAAGCCUCUGUCUCUUUAUUUUCUUGUUGUUCGUUCCCAUUGUGAUGCUGUGCCCUGGACCCUGUUUGAAAACGUCUAUGAUUGCUGCUGAGGCAACAGUUGAUGCCGCUGUGCCACAUCUUACCUACAGAUGGCAGCAAAGUGCAGAGUUUUUUCAGGAGUAUUCACUUCUCACCUAUUUUCUAUUAUAUCUGGAUACUUACUGCCACUGAUUAGUUAACUUGACGAGGACCAAACUAACAUUUACACAAAUGUUUGAACGGGAACAAUACAUGUCACUAUAUUAAAGCUGCAAUCAGCAGUUGAAACAAUAACAAAGUGAACUCCCAUCCCUUUUAGGUAAAAAGCUGAGGAAUGGGGCUAGAGAAAUGUAACCACUCUCAAAUUCAUAGACAGAGCUAUGGAUGCAAGGACUGGCCAUCCAUGAUAUCUAAAUUAUUGUUACCAUGUUUUGAAGGUAUAUAGUGUUUGUUUACAAACACUGGAGUGAAACAAGCUUUUAUUUUGGUUUCCGAUUGUUAUGACAGUUGAACUAAGCAUAUGAGGCAUUUGUAAUAUUAUAACAUUAUAUUCUUAAGAGGUCCAAAAAUGGAUGAAACAACUGCAGAUUGCACCUUUAAACGUGUAUGUGUGAUAUGUUAAAUUGUGUAGUUUGCUUCAUGUUGGAGUUUUUUGAUGUGUCCCUGCUGGCUCACGGAUCUGCCAACAUGACGUUUUCAUGUUAUGGAAUCUCCUCCCAGACAAUGCUUUGUUUAUGUAUCAUGUAAAAAUGAAUUAUUUGAAAAGUAAUUGGUAUUCACUCUUAGAAAGAUUGUUUAUACAUGCAUAUGGAUAACUGUUGUACAUUGUAUGAAUAUACCGAACCAUUGUCAAAUGUGUAGUCGCUGCUUAAAAUGAUUCAUUCUGAGUGUCAGCUUCAUGCCGUCGGCAUAGCAACUGUUACAAACUGUACAAUAUCUGGAGAAUAUAUAAAUGUGGGAAAUAAAUAGACUUUGUGAAAUCUUUUU